AGGUCCCGGUCGUUAGUCAUUUUUUUCUUCGUCCUACUCUUCUUGUUUGAGCUCACGACCUUUAGAUCUGUAUAGUGCUUCGCCUCAGCAAUUAAUACCCUUUGGUUUAUCUUGUUCUCAGCACUAUAACAGAAAGAGAACAAAGCAUUCCAUAGUUAUUGAGAAAUAAACUCAUCAGUACAUUUCUAUUGGUUGAGAAAGCAACGAGACGCUGUUGCCGUUUUUUCCUUUCUUAUUCAUUCUUGCAGCACGCUCCGAUUUGAGAUCCCCAGUCCGUUUGAUCUUUUUUCCUCCUCGCGACCAACAAAAGGAAAUUCGUGAUUAGUAGGAAGAGAUCAUCGUUUUUGUUGGAAAGUAAUUCUACGACUACGUCGUCAGCGUCACAAAGGAAGAACAUACAGUUCCGAAGGUUCGCGAUGGCUGCGCCUGGUAGUUCUUCCGGCUUGCAGCCACCGCCUCCGCGGUCGCAGCAAAGCCAAGGCCCAAAAUCUCAGCCUUCCCCUAUCAUCGCCCAGCCUAAGGGGGGUGUUGCGUACAUUGACCCGAGUCAGUGGAACAAGAUCACGGUGCAAAACGAGGCCUACACAGAACUCCUUCGGUACGCUGGCACGCACUACAAGCGUGGCAGAGAUGUGGAGCAGCUGGAACUUUUUGCCCGAAAGCAGCUGGGGAAGCAAAUACCGAUUCCAAUUACGGGCGAAAAAAAGUUGAUCUACUUGACGCAGGCGGUGGUGGACAAAGCCUUUCAAUUUCUGAAGGGCUUGAUCGCUCAAGGAAAGAUUUCGCAGCAACCGGCCAGCCAGCAAGCGAAUAGCGGCGCGUCUUCGACUUUCAAGCCGUUGAAUCCGGGCGGCGGUGCUGCAAACACUAAGCCAGGCGGUGGCGGCGGUCCCUCCGCAUCGCCGGCCGACGCGGCGCGCAUGACGACGGGCGUCGGCAGUUCCUCUUCGUCGAGCAGUUCCAGCAGCUCUCUUAGCGGUGAGAAUGCAGGAAACAAGGCACCACAGCAGCUGAAACCGCAGUCCAGCUUCAGCCAGCAGCCGAAACAACUACCGUCGAAUAAUUCGCAGCCAGGCGGGAACUCAGCUGCGGCUGAAGCGCUUGAGAAAAAAACUAACGAUGUCUUCACGCGUUUGAGGCGGAAGGCUGAAGGUAGUUUACACGACGCAGACAAGAUGGCGACGACGCUUCAGCACGUGGCGCGAGAUGCGGCAAAGUGCGCUUCUUGGGGCCACACCACCCAGUCUAUGAUGAAAGGCAUUCAGAAGUACAGCAUCUGGCGCAACAACUAUGUGAAGGAGCUGCACAACAAACAGAUGGCGAAAAACAAGAACUACGGACGACCCGGAAAGGAGCAGCAGAAGAAAGGCAAGAAACCGGCUUCGAACAAGCGCCCCGCCAUGGACUACGACGACGACUCCCGACCACCGUUAAAGAAGACGAAGGAGGAGAUCGAGGCCAAGAAAAAGCAGAAGGAGCGCAGAAAGCGGUUGGACGCGAAGAAGGAGGAGCUAAACCAGAAAUUUGACUUGGACGUGCUCGAAGCAGAGAAGGAAAUGAAGGAAUUUUUCAAAUUGCAGGAAGAGGACCAGAAACGGAAAAACAAAGACACAGGUGCUGCACCAGCCGGGGCGGCAACUGCUGCUGCUGCUGCUGUUGCACCAGCCUCGACGAUGAACACCGGUGCUAAGCAGAACGCUUCCCAACCGAAGAAGAAAAAGCUCACCAAGGAGGAGCGCGCGGAGAUGAAGCGACUGAAGAAAGUAUCCUGAGUAAAAACGUACCCACACCAGAGUCAGGAUGCGGAUUUUGCAACACAAACCUAGGAGUUUUGUGAGUCACGCAUCACAAGCUGCAGUCCGUAGCGUAGUGGAGGUUCGCAAGGCCAGUUGCAUCAGAAAUCCAUCUGCUCAUCCUGUUUACAGCAUUACAAAUUCCAAAACACGAUUGGAAAUGGCUCUCAUGGGGAUGCGCAUUACAAGUCUUCCUGUCUUUGCAAAUCUGCAUUACAACUCUGGUGUGGGUACGUUUUUACUGAGGAUAGAAAGAGCAGGAGGAAAGGGAAGAAAGGGAGUACAACGAGCGCAUGGAGGAAAAGCGUAGGGAGUUUCAGAACCUCUCCGAGGAGGAAAAGCAGGCGCACUUCGAGAAGAUCAAACGGAAACGCAUUGCGGAUAUCUGCAAGGAAAUGGACGACCAAAUGACGACUUUAUUGAAGAAGAAAUCCGGACAGUACAAAGACGAUGAUAUGGAAGUAGUCGACCAAAAUUCUAACAUCGAAGACAUCGACUUUGAGAAGCUGGAGAAGGAGAAAGAAGAAGCGUUAGCGAAAAUCGACAUCGAUCCGGAGGCGAGAAGGAAAAAGUACAUGGGUCUGAUCCACAUCAUUCAGGAGGAAAUUACGAUCAAGAACAUGCCGAAGUUGAAGCAGCCCCUGAUGGAGCACCAGGUCGAGGCUCUGCAGUGGUUGCUCUCCAUCUACAACAACACAACCGGAGGUCUGCUCGCAGACGAGAUGGGUUUAGGGAAAACCGCGACGGUUAUUUCCUUUCUCGGCUACUUGAAAGAGCAGAAGUACAACCACGGACCGUUUCUCAUCGUCGUUCCGAAAACGGUCUUGCAGAACUGGCAGGACGAGUUCAAGAAGUUCUACCCGGAUUCCGAUUUGGGGAAGAACGUGUUGGAUCACAAGGGCAACAUCUCGAAACAUCUCGCGACGCAUAGUUUAGUAGUGUAUCAGGGAAACGCGGACCAAAGGGAAACUUUGGAUGACAUCAUAUUAGAGCGCAUCGAGGAGAUUGAAAAGGAGAAGGAGGAGGUGAAAGACCCGAAAAUGCGGAAGAAAUCCUUGUUGAUCCUGACCAACUACGAGCAAGUUUCGACCAACAAGAAUUUCGCCCUGCUCGCCCCGGAGUACGAGGUGGUCGUCGUCGACGAGGCGCAGCGGAUGAAAAACCAGAAGUCGCAAUUCUCCAUCUGCAUGGCGGAAAAGGUGAACUGCAAGAAGAAAAUUCUGCUCACCGGGACGCCCUUGCAGAACAAAAUUUCCGAGCUGUACGCAUUGUUGAACUUCAUCCUCCCUGACCUCUUCGACAACGUCGGCGAGUUUUCCCAUUGGUUCUCCGCCCCGUUUCGGGAAGAGAUGGAUGCUCUGGAGCAGAAUGUGAGUUUCACGGAUGAGGAGGAGGCAAUGCUGACGAAGAAUUUACACGCGAUGCUCGCACCGUUCAUGUUAAAGAGGAUGAAGUAUCAAAUGUAAAAAUGUCUGGGUCUGGAAGAGUGCCAGACUUGUCAUGCAGAUUUUACAUGACUCAUGAGGUAUGGUAUGUGAGGCAUGGCAUGACAGAUUCUGUGAGAGUUCUAUCAUGCCUAUCCUGCAUGAGAAGCUGCCCCUCGAUUAGGUCAAAAGUGGACAGCUUUUGGUAAUCAUGCAACACAGAUUUUUACAUGAUUCUGAUUUAGCAUGAGAAGUUGCUUUGUUCCAGACCCAGACACUUUUACAUUUGAUAUGAAGUCCGAAAUUUUCUCCGACGAAACGCUUGCCCCGUACAAGGAAUCGAUCGUGAGGAUUUCUCUUUCCCACUGGCAACGCAAAUUGUACAAGCAGUUGCAGGAAAAAACCCUCCAGAUCGAGGAAGUGAAGCAAAAGGCGGAGGAAGAGAUGCUGAAGGACGAGUUUGAAGAAAAUUACGAACACAAGAAAGAGCAUCUUGAAGAGAAGAAAACCGCGCAGCACGAAAUGGCGAACAUCAUGAUGCAAAUGCGGAAGUGCGUCCUACACCCCUUCCUCUUCUCCGACGCGAACGCGAACGAGAAGCUUAAUCUCGUGCGGACCAGCGGGAAAUUCGAAAUGCUGGAAAGGGUCGUGACGAAAUUGUCAGACAACACGCUGAACAAAGACCACAAAAUCCUGCUCUUUUCCCAAUUCACGUCGUGUUUAGACCUGAUUGAAAUGUUUUUCGAAAAAGUGAUGCGGAACAAGAUCGGGUACCGAAGGAUCGACGGCAGCAAUUCCGCGAAGGAGCGGCAGGAUUUGAUCACGGAAUUUACCAACGACAAAAGCCUAAAAGUCAUGUUGUUGUCCGCGAAAGCGGCGUCCGUCGGGAUCAACCUGCAGGUCGCGGAUACGGUGAUCAUUUUCGAUCAGGACUGGAACCCGCAAAACGACCGCCAGGCGAUUGGCCGGGCGCAUCGUGUCGGGCAGAAGCGAGAGGUGCGGGUGCUGCGGUUCAUCACUACUUCCGCGGUGGAAGAGAUCAUGGAGCAGCGGUGCCGGGAAAAAUUGGAGAUGGAGAAGAAAUAUGGAAGCAAAAGUGUCUGGGUCUGGAAGAUUCUGAUACUUGUCCUGCACGUUUUGCAUGAGCCGUGAUGUCGGUGAUGCAUGAUGCCCUAGCAUCACAGAUUUCCUGAGGGCUUUUUGAUGCCUAUUCCGCAUGACAAACGCCCUUUUCGCGUACCGCAAGUUGCGUUCUCUUUGCUGCUCACGCAAGACAGAUUUUUUGGAAUCCAAGUUCAGCAUCACAAGUUUCAUUCUUCCAGACCCAGACACUUUUGCAGUUGAUAAGAAAAUCAUCGGCGCCGGCGGGUUCAACAAGGGCUUGAAAGACGGGAAGAAGGACGAGAAAGACGAAGCGGACAAGCCGGUAUAGGUUUUUUUUGGUUUUUGGCUGCUCAUGUUGCUCACUUGCGCUUGAUGUCGAGGUGCAUUGUCAUGUAGUUGUUCAUGUGACUACUAUACAAGUAUGACAGCUUCAGGUUGAUGUGGUCCAGCUACCACAUUUUUACUAUACAUACCUUUUACCCAUAAAAAUCAACAGCUUUCUAACCACGCGGCGGUCGUGAAAAUGAUUCAAGAGGCGAAGGAAGCUGCGUUGAAAGGCGCCACGGCCUCCAAGUACGACGACAGCUCGCACGUUUCCAAGUUCCCGCCAACGACGGUGUCCCAGCUGAAUCUGAUCCUUUCUCGGGAUGAGGAGGAACGGAAACUGUACGAACAGAUUGAUACAACGAAGUUUUUUAAGAACAACACACCAGCUAGUACUUCUACCUCAACGGCGAACGACGUCACCACGCACGAACAAGUGCUGGCGAUGGAGAAGGAGCUGGAUGCGUUGAGCAAUGUGGAUCGGAUGGUGAAGGUGAUGGAUUUGACGAACGAUAUGAACUGCAAAAGUUAUCGCACUCGUAUAAAUUGCAUGACAAAUUCUCUCAGCAUGAGAAAUAAAUUUUGUCAUGCGGAUUUACCUUGAGAAAAAAAUUUGUAAUGCAUGAUAGCAAUUACUACGAGUACGAUACUCUUGCACAGGAUAAACGAAAACAUGGAGCGAUUGGUGAAGUCCGACCGCCUGAUGGGCGUGAAAGAGGUGCCGGACGUGUUAAAAGUGGUGGAGGAGUCCGAGUAUCCUGUGCAAAAGUAUCGCACUCGUAUUGCAAUCAUGCAUGACAAAUCUUUUUCUUAAAUCCGCAUUUACAAAUUUCAUUUCUCAUGCUGAGGAAAUUUGUAUAUGCAUUUAUACGAGUACGAUAAACUUUUGCAGUGCAUACCGAGGACGAGGAGGACGAAGUGGAGGAGGAAAGCAGCAGCAGCUCGGACGACGAAAACGGAAGUUCGCCCGAGGAGUCGCCAGGAGAGUCCGGCGGCGCGUCGCAGGAGGAAUAG